UGAGGAGUUGAUUCCCCACGCGUGAAGUGAAGUCAUCCUGUCUUCAAGAGAAACCUUGCACGGUCUGCUGAACUGCCAGCUGCACAGUGGUGCAGGUGUUUGGGCACCUGGAAAGAGGACUGCUUGGCCUUAUGCCCCACGUUUCUUGCCGAACUUCCCCGCUGGUGCCGGCAGGCGGCGACAAAUCUCCUGGUAGGGCGCUCUGUCAGGCUUGCACACCUCUGUGGUGUCAGACAGCAAGCCCUGCCGCUGCACUUCCGGGCGUGGAUCCAGGUGAGCCAAGGUCUCCCUGUUACCUCUGUUACCCGUCACCCCUAGGACGGGUGUCUCAGCUUGCUGCCGGGGUGCUCAGUAUCAGAGGGAGCAUGUCCAGAUGUUGGCCGGGUUCCCACCGGAGGAGACAGAGCUGCCGGGACUUCUGGAUCCCAGCUUAGCUCAAUGGGCUUUAUACCGGGCUUCCUGGGGACGUCGUUCCUCUGGUUUUUUCUUGAGCCUGGCCGCCCGGAAGCGGAGCAAGACUCCUCCCCGUCGUUUCCUUGGUUCCCUCCAGGCGGCGCCGUUUACUCAAUCCAGUUAAUCCGUGUGGUUUCUGUCUAUUGCCACCCUGGGAAUGUUGAGAUAGUCCGAAGAGAGCCAUUGAAAUGGACUGUCAGAAAACAAUCUACCUAUCAUUUGGAAUAGUCUUCCCCCUAGACUGUGGUUUGACAGCAUUAGAUCUCCCGGUUGGAUAUGCACAGGCUCCCAUGCUCAUCCCCAGAACCUGAAUCUGGGGUAGGUGUAGCCUGGGCGUCAGGUUGAGAUCUAAGGUCUCAGCCUCUCUCCGUCAGAUGGUAUGACUGGUAGAAACAGCUGCAACGAGUUAGCUAUGGUUUGUUUACGUCCUGAAGUUUAUAGCAGUACGUGAUUGUUGUUGGGCAUUGUUUUGAGGGCCAAAACGUCCAUGGUUUCUUCGCACCCCAAUGAACAUUCUCCUCUCUCCCAGGAUGCGGAAGGUGUCUGUGCUCCUCUUCUUAGCCUGGGUCUGUUUUCUUUUCUACGCUGGCAUUGCACUCUUCACCAGUGGCUUCCUUCUCACUCGUCUGGAGCUCACCAAUCAAAGCAGCUGCCAAGAGCCCCCAGGCCCUGGUCCCUUGCCUUGGGGAAGUCAUGGAAAGCCUGGGGCUUGCUGGAUGCCUUCCCGCUUCUCCAGGGUGGUUUUGGUACUGAUAGACGCUCUGCGGUUUGACUUUGCCCAGCCUCAGCGCUCGCAUGUGCCUGGGGAACCUCCUGUCUCCGUGCCUUUUCUGGGAAAAUUAGGUUCCUUGCAGAGGAUCCUAGAGAGUCAACCCUACCAUGGUCGGCUGUACCGAUCUCAGGUGGACCCCCCCACGACCACCAUGCAGCGUCUAAAGGCUCUCACCACUGGCUCGCUGCCGACUUUCAUUGAUGCUGGCAGUAACUUUGCCAGCCAUGCUAUAGUGGAAGAUAAUCUCAUCCAACAGCUCAACAGUGCAGGAAGGCGUGUAGUCUUCAUGGGAGAUGAUACCUGGAGAGACCUCUUCCCCGGAGCCUUUUCCCAAGCUUUCUUCUUCUCAUCCUUCAAUGUCAGAGACCUGCACACAGUGGAUAACGGCAUCUUGGAACACCUCUAUCCUACCCUGGAUGGCGGUGCGUGGGAUGUGCUGAUCGCUCACUUCCUGGGUGUGGAUCACUGUGGUCACAAACACGGUCCUCACCACCCUGAAAUGGCCAAGAAACUUAGCCAGAUGGACCAGGUGAUACAGGGACUCAUAGAACGCCUGGAGAAUGACACACUGCUGGUGGUAGCUGGUGACCAUGGGAUGACCAUGAAUGGGGACCAUGGAGGGGACAGUGAGCUGGAGGUGUCAGCUGCACUUUUCCUGUACAGCCCCACAGCCCUCUUCCCUAGUGUCCCACCCGAGGAGCCGGAGGUUAUUCCUCAGGUCAGCCUUGUGCCCACGCUGGCACUGCUGCUAGGCCUGCCCAUCCCGUUUGGGAACACUGGGGAAGUGAUGGCGGAGCUAUUCUCAGGUGGCAGUGACUCCUCCGAUCCUCACUCCUCUGCUCUAGCCCAAGUCUCGGCUCUCCACAUCAAUGCCCAGCAGGUGUCCCGGUUUCUUCAUACCUACUCGGCCGCGACUCAGGAUCUCCAAGUUAAAGAACUUCAUCGGCUGCAGACGCUCUUCUCCACGGCCUCUGCGCGUUACCAGCACUUUCUGCGGGAUCCCCAAGAGGCUGAGGCAGCCCUGAGCACAUUGACUGCUGAGUUCCAGCAGUUCCUGCGGGGAGCUCGGGCCCUGUGCAUUGAGUCUUGGGCCCGCUUCUCUCUGGUCCGAAUGGCAGGGGGCGCUGCUCUUUUGGCUGCUGCCUGCCUUCUCUGCCUGCUUGCAUCCCAGUUGGCAGUCGCCCCAGGCUUUCUCUUCUGCCCACUACUGCUAAUACCUGUAGCCUGGGGCCUAACUUGGACCAUCCUGUAUGCUGGAGUCGCGGUAACUACUGGGUCGAAGAUAGACUCAGUGGUUCUGGGGGCUGUGGCUGCAGCCGGUUCACUCCUCCCUUUUCUGUGGAAAGCUUGGGUUAGCAGGGGGUCUAAGAGGCCCCUGGCUCCCCUACUUCCUGUCCCUAGACCUGUCCUAAUAUUACUGCUCAUUCGCUUGGCCACCUUCUUCUCGGAUAGCUUUGUUGUUGCUGAGGCCAGGGCCACCCCCUUCCUUCUGGGCUCUCUCGUUUUCUUCCUGGUUGCUCAGCUCCACUGGGAGGGUCAGCUACUGCCACCCAAACCACUCACGAUAUCCCGCCUUGGCUCUUCUGCCCCAACAGCGCCCCCAAGGCACGGUGGCGCGCGUGCCCUGUGGCUUGGAAUUGGGUUGCUUUUAUUUACAAGGCUCGCUGGGCUUUUUCACCGCUGCCCAGAAGAGACACCUGCCUGUCGCUCCUCUCCCUGGCUGAGUCCUCUGGCAUCUAUGGUGGGAGGUCGAGCCAAGAAUUUGUGGUAUGGAGCUUGCGUGGGGGCACUGGUGGCCCUGUUAGUCGUCGUGCGCUUGUGGCUUCGCCGCUAUGGUAAUCUCAAGAGUCCUGAGCCCCCUGUGCUCUUUGUGCGCUGGGGGUUGCCUCUCAUGGUACUGGGCACGGCUGCCUACUGGGCACUGGCGUCAGGAGCAGAGGAAGCACCACCACGCCUCCGGGCCCUGGUCGCCGGGGCAUCAGCUGUGCUGCCUCGGGCUGUGAUGGGGCUGGCUGCCUUGGGGCUCCUGCUGCUGCUCUGGAGGCCUGUGACAGUGCUGGUGAAAGCUGGGGCUGCUACUUCAAGGACCAGGACUAUCCUCACUCCCUUCUCAGGUCCCCCUACUUCUCAGGCUGACCUCGACUAUGUAGUCCCACAAAUCUACCGCCACAUGCAGGAGGAGUUCCAGGGCCGGCUCGCGAGGACUAAAGCUCAGGGUCCCAUAACCGUGGCUGCCUAUCAGUUGGGAAGCGUGUACUCGGCUGCAAUGGUCACGGCCCUUCUCCUUUUGGCCUUCCCACUUCUGCUGUUGCAUGUAGAGCGGGUCAGCCUGGUGUUCCUGCUCCUGUUUCUGCAGAGCUUCCUUCUCCUGCAUCUGCUGGCUGCUGGGACACCAGUCGCCACCCCUGGUCCUUUUACUGUGCUGUGGCAGGCAGUCUCAGCUUGGGUCCUUCUGGCUACCCAGACCUUCUACUCCACAGGCCACCAGCCUGUCUUUUCAGCCAUCCAUUGGCACGCAGCCUUCGUGGGCUUCCCAGACGGCCAUGGCUCUUCUACCUGGCUGCCUGCCUUACUAGUGGGAGCUAACACCUUUGCCUCCCACCUCCUCUUCGCAGUAGGCUGCCCACUGCUCCUGCUCUGGCCCUUCCUGUGUGAGCGUCAAGGGCCAAAGAGAAGGCUCCCGGGAAGUGAGUCUGAGGCCAGAGUCCGGCCCGAGGAAGAGGAGGAGCAGCAGGAGCCACUGAUGGAGAUGCGCCUCCGGGAUGCUCCGAAUCACUUCAAUGCAGCCCUGUUGCAGCUGGGUCUCAAGUACCUCUUUAUCCUUGGAGCUCAGAUUCUAGCCUGUGCCUUGGCAGCUUCCAUCCUCCGCAGGCACCUCAUGGUCUGGAAGGUGUUUGCUCCCAAGUUCAUUUUUGAAGCCGUAGGUUUCAUCGUGAGCAGUGUGGGACUUCUCCUGGGCAUAGCAUUGGUGAUGCGAGUGGAUGUCGCUGUGAGUUCCUGGUUCAAAAAACUAGUUCUGGCCCAGCAGAGGUAGCCCAGGCUGUGCUCGUUGGCGUCUGGCCAUGGAGAGAGCGAGCUGGGGACUAAUCCGGCCUGACCUGUACUGGUGCUGGAUUCUGCAAGAGACUCCGACACACCUCUUGAGCCACCCUGUAACCAGAGACUGCUCAACUCUGGGACUUUAUUAUUUUAUAACUGAGAAUCACCUGGAGCCUGAGCCCUUGCUCCUGGGUUGGAUGCAUCUGACCGACAACAGGGGCGGCUACCAAAGUGGAAUAAAAGAACAAUGUGAAUGUU